AGCGGUAUAUAAAGUAGGAGCCCUAUGCAGAAUAGUUCCUUUCUACAACACCCCUCCAGUCAUAUAGACAUAUUGAAUAUCAGCUGUGCACAAAAUAUAUACUAUCGUGAUAGGAUUGUUUGUGCCAAUCAAUGAACCCAUGAAACAAUGUCUUCUGACAAACUCGACCAAGUCUAAGCAGUUAUGAUAUAUAAAUAUUGGUUGAGUUGGAGGUACUUUUACUCGUUGAUUUUAUUCAUAAACCUAGACCAAAGUAACCUUCGUAGUGUCAUGACAAUAUCCAAAGCUGACCGUUGUAAUAUUAAGUUGGAGGGCAAGGAGGAGCAUACACGAGACAAAUGGAACCACUUUACUUGUACCUCUGUUUAUGCUGAUGCAAAGGGGAAAAUCCCUUGUAUCACUCUUGACAGAGCUGGCUGAUUUUCAGAGAUGGCAAACAGAUGCUGGGGGCAAUCCUUUUAAACAAUGAUCCCAUACCAAAUAACCGGAAGCUUUUCAGCUGUGAGAAAAGCUCUGUUGUCUGUUUCAAGUUGUCUUCAGGAUAACUCGAGGAUAGAUUCAGUAAAUGCCUCUACCCCAAAAUUUUCAGCAAUGUCACAAACUGGAACUGGUUAUCACACUCCAGAUCAGUUUUCAAGGAGUUCUGGUGUUGAAAGUGCUGGAAUCAACCACAGGAUGGUCUUGGAGGAAGAGAUCAUGUUUAAGGUGUUGUGUCCGGUUGACAAAGUUGGAAACUUAAUAGGAAAAGGAGGCUCAAUUAUAAGGGUGAUGCAGAAUGAAACUGGUGCUUCUAUCAAGAUUGCUGAUUCAGCAUCUGAUUUAGAUGAAAGAGUUGUUGUGAUAUCUGCAAGGGAGAACCCAGAGCAAAGACAUUCCCCUGCUCAGGAAGCUCUUAUUCGUGUACAGGCCAGAAUUGCCGAGAUUGGAUUUGAACCAGGAGCUGCAGUUGUUUCAAGGCUUCUGGUACAUGCACGUCACAUGAGUUCUCUCUUUGGUAAUGGAAGUAUUCUAAUUGCUGAAUUGCGACGACUCACUGGUGCUAGUAUACGUAUUUUUCCUAGAGAACAUUCUCCAAAAUAUGGUUCCCACACUGAAGAAGUUUUACAGGUAAAUACAGAUUUUCAUUCUAAAAAAUAUGUAGUAGUCGUUACAUCUCAGCUAUAUAACUU